GCCGCCUCCUCCCGCCCGGGCCGCGGCAGCCGAGCGGGGCCGGCGCGGCGGCGGCGGCGGCGCUGCGUCCUGCCGCCCGCGGCGGCGGCGAUGCGCGGGGUUGGCGGCGGGGCAGCGGCGGCGUGGAGCGCCGGCAGGAUGGUGCCGCUGCCGCUCGUGGUGCUGCAGAGCCUCCUGCGCCUGGUAUUUUGUGAUGCUAAUCAAGUAGUACAAGCCACAGAUGUGCUGGAUUGGGAAGACAAGAAUGCCGCAGAGACACUGGUCGACAAUGUGGCCCAUUCCAGGAUCAUCAAUCCUUUACGCCUAUUUGUUAAGCCAUCUCCAGUGCUGAAACAUGGCCAGGUGCCCUACUCAGACAGCAUAGAAAACUUUUGGGAUUGGUUGUCCAACAUCACGGAGGUUCAGGAAUCUCUUGCACGAACUAAACGCAGGCCAAUAGUAAAAACUGGGAAAUUCAAGAAAAUGUUUGGAUGGGGCGACUUCCACUCUAACAUCAAAACUGUUAAACUGAACCUCCUGAUCACAGGGAAAAUCGUUGAUCAUGGCAACGGAACCUUCAGUGUUUAUUUCCGACACAACUCAACAGGUCUGGGAAACGUUUCCGUAAGCCUGGUGCCACCUUCCAAAGUGGUUGAAUUUGAAUCAUCUGCACAGUCAACACUGGAGACCAAGGAAUCUAAGUCCUUCAAUUGUCGAAUUGAGUAUGAAAAAACAGACCGCGCUAAAAAAACUGCGUUGUGCAAUUUUGACCCUUCAAAGAUCUGCUAUCAAGAGCAGACUCAAAGCCAUGUCUCCUGGUUAUGUUCUAAACCAUUUAAAGUUAUCUGCAUUUACAUUGCUUUUUACAGCGUAGAUUACAAACUGGUGCAAAAGGUCUGUCCUGAUUAUAAUUACCAUAGCGAGACUCCGUACUUGUCCUCUGGCUGAUACAAUGGAUAUUCUGAAUAACUAUAGAAAUACAGCGUCAGUCAUAAAAAUAAGUAUUUCCACUAACCUUUCGGAGAGGAAUAUCUUUUCCUAUCAGGUUAAAAAGUCUUUAAAAAAACGUAGCUGUAUUUGUGCUGUAUCGUAAAAAAAAAAAUCAAACUGUUUAUGUAACAAGCAUUUUCAUUUGAGACCAUUGCAUUUUAGCUCUCUCAUCAUUAAUAAGGGAACUACCAGGCAGACACGUGAGCAAAAAAUCAAACAAAAUUAUGUGCAUAAUGAACAUUGAUCUUGAAAAUCAGUUUUUUAUUAAAGUAGAUUUGAUGGCAGAGAGGUUUUUGUCUUUUACUGAUUUGGACAACACUUAGCAGGAAGUGAUCCCAUUUCUUACUGGAAACUAUAGAAGCUGACAAUAUAAAGAAUAAAUGAUAAAUUAAGAAGACUACCAGCUGCUUAUAUACAAAAUCCAAAUAAACAGCUCUCCCACUAAUUUCUUGUCACACACAGAGGGCAAAUAUUAAAAGCCAGUUCUGUUUCUGUGAAAGAGAAGAAAGGAAAUGGCAUUUCUGUGAGUUGCAGUAGUUAUGCAUACUCACUGAAGUGGAAGAGUGAGUAGUUCUUCCUUCCAAACUCUUACCUGUGGAUAUGCAACGAUGUAAUUAGACGCUGAUGCGCUUUAGUUUAUUAGGCACAAGUGUACAGGUUUGGUGUACAUUCCUUCCUUCCGUGGUCACCGUUAUUUUUGAUUAUUCUGAAAUAUUUACAUAUACAGCAGUACUAGUCUUACAGUGAUAGAGAGUUUGUGUACCUUGGAAAAGGAUAAUCUCUGUUUAAGCCUGAAAAUGAUAACAGAGGCUGGCUUCCAUUCAAAGGAAGCAAUUAUCUUAUCUUGCUGUCUAGCCCUCUUACCGUUAUGCUAUAGCAAGGAAAAUACAUCACAGCAUAAGGAUAAUACCUGAAUAAAACAAGCUUUCUGCAUAAUGACACCCAGUUGUCCUCCUUAGUAUGGUGUUGCAUAUUUAAAGCCAAUAUAUAAGCACUGAAAAAUAAAGAAGAUAGCAAAAAAAAAAAAAUACUAUGCAUCUUCACCUCAUAAAGCAGAUUUCAAACCACCGCUGUCAAUCUAAAAAUAUUCCCCCAGACUUUCAACCAGUACUAAAUAGCAUCGCUUCAUGUAGUUAAUUGUAACAACUGAGGGUCUGGCCAUGGUUUUACUUCCAUAGGACAGAUGUUGCUCCUACUGAAGGCAAUGGCAGCACCAGUGAUGCAGAUUCGAGUACAAAUGCCCUGCACUUUCAUUGGGUAUCGAUUUUACUGCUGCAGCCAACUACUGAAAAAAAAAAAAGGUUCAUAAAAAAAAGACAAUAAAAUAACAGCUCUUACUUUUGGCUUUUGCUGUCAUAGCCCUUUGCGGCAGCCUGAUGUCACAGUUCCUUUGGAAAAGAUAGCUGGCUGAGGAAGUGCUUUUUAUUACCUAUAAACAAACUAACAUGCGAGGUCUGGGAAAGAAGUUACAUAGAGCUUAAAUGAAGUGCUACUGAAAUACGCUGUUCAAGUGCUGUGCACCUGGACAGAUGACUGACAGCUCAGAAGCAAUCGAGAUUAAUUCAGAUUUCCUUGGUAAAGGUUUAUAUAGAAAAUUCUUCUGUUAACAACAUGCAAAUACCUGGUUAAUUUGUUUUUCUCUUUAACAGACAAGUUUAGUGUGUGGUUUAGUUUCAUCAAGAAUAUGAAUGUUUUCCUUAACCUUAUUCCAUAUGUAGUCUCUCCUGGUCUAAGUGAUGUUUUUUAGUUUGUCUGUUACUGUUGAUUCCUACAAGAUGUUCUACUUUGUAUUCUGUAUAGUGUGCCCUAGCUUUAGCUGUAUAUAAGCUUAGAUUUAUUGCUAUAUUCUAUGAGUUCAGUGUUUGGUGCUUUUGUAAGUUAGCUGUAAGCCAUGAUUUUAUUGCCAUGUAUUUUUACUCAGCACUGUAGGCAAUUAAAAAACCCUACAUGCUACUUACUGUAGAGUAUGUGGAAAUCAUGUAUGUAUAUACACCUAAACGUGUACACAUACAGAACGUGUGUACAUGUAUUUGUAUGUAAAUAAAGAGAGUUUGCUAAAUCUGUCA